AUGGAGGUAGAGGAUGAGGAGAGACGGAAGAGAAGAUUAAGGAAGAAAUUGCUUCAGAUUGAGAACCUUGAAAUACUGAACAGACCCUUGAACCAGGAAGAGGAGAUAAAGGUCGGGAAGAAAACACAGAUUAGGGAGGAGUUACAAGGGCUGCUCAAAGCAGCUGAGGCAGAGAUGAAGAGAAGCCAAAACGUGGACCUGAGUAACACUCAACCAAAGAGAUGUUUCAAAACAGCCCACUUCUCAACAACAACAAUCUACUUCUCAACAACAACAAUCUACUUCUCAACAACAACAAUCUACUUCUCAACAACAACAAUCACAAUCCACUUCUCAACAACAACAACUUCUCAACAACAACAAUCUACUUCUCAACAACAACAAUCUACUUCUCAACAACAAUCCACUUCUCAACAACAACAAUCUACUUAUGAACAACAAUCUUCUUCUCAAGAAAAACAAUCUACUUUUCAACAGUCCACUUCCCAACAACAUUUUACCACCUGUGUACGAGGGGAACUACGGAGGAAAUGGCGGGAAACCAAGUGGUGUGUAGAGGAGAUGGAAGGCCACGAGGAUUUAAUACUUGAUUGUGAUAUUGAGAAAAACCUGGGGUUAGUUGUUACAGCCAGCAGAGAUACUUCACUUAGGGUUUGGGAUUUGGAGACAGGAUCUCAGAUGCUCAGCCUGCGCGGGCAUACAGGACCGGUCACAGGGGUCAGGUUUAUAACCUGGACCGAGGGACACUCAGGCUCAGGGGACCAGAGUUCUUUUGAUGACUGUGAGGAUAAUCUGAGUUCCAAUGUUCAAAAUGGACAGGUUGUAUGUGUAAGUGUGAGUACGGACUGCAGUAUAAGACUCUGGUCCUUGGAAAAGGGUUUACAGAUUUCCUCAAUAUAUUCCUAUAAUGGAAUAGCAAAACUAGAAAUAUUACGAUCACAACAGUGUAGUAUAUCUGGUAGUGAGGGGGGUAAGCUAGAGAUAUAUAAUCUCAAUACUGGAACCUGUACAACAUCUCUACUAGCUCAUCAGGAUACAGUUUCUGCUUUAAGUGUGUUGGAGGGAUCGGAGAGGAUCUUGGCUGCAUCAGGUUCUACAGAUGGGAUUAUUAAAGUGUUCCAGGUAGAAGAAAAAGGUUUAAGAUGCUUGUACGUAUCAGAGAAUGUUUCUUCACCGUCUCUCUCUAUCCUUCAUCCCCGACCUAUCUAUUCUUUACAUAUUGAUGAGCACGAGACUAUUUUCUAUGGAGACAAUGGUCCGAAUUUGAAAAUGUUGAUCUGGAAGGACAAUCAGGUGGUAAAGUUCUCUAAUCAUCUGGCCGAACAGGGCUUCACGGACGCCUUGGCAGGAGCUGAAAACCUGCUAUUUGCUACUUCCUUUGAUAUUGAUUCUGGGUUUGGUCUGGUAAACCUGUAUCUAGGAGGAGGGUCUGGUAUACCCCUGUAUAUUGCAACAUUAUCACAAGAUGAAACUACAAGAAUAUCUGUAUUGCGAAGCGUAUCCAUCGAGGGAGAAAUAGUGCUUAUAACAGGAGGGAAACAAUUACAGAUUUGGAAAAGUGUCCGAAGGGAAGAAAACAUGAUUAAAACUAAGGAUGUAAGCUCUAGUAUUCAAGGCUGUGUUCUGUCCUUGAGACCGGAGGCUGUGGAUAGUGAAACAUAUCUCGAGGACUCGGAGGAUGAAGAGGCUGAUAUAUCAAGAGACGAGGCAGAGGCUCCGAUGGGAGAUGAUGGGGGAACAGCCUCGCAGAUUUCUAAACCCGGCUCAGGAUUUUGUAAUUGUACGCUUAUGUAAAAUUGAUUCCGUGGAUCAUAAACAUUAUACAAUGUACAUUGUACACUGUACGGUGUAUUUUCUUCCAGCGUGAUAUUUUCGUCUUAACAAGCUUAAAAGUUUAGAAGAGAUAGAUCAAAAUUAUUAGGAAUCUCAAUAAUCCCGUUUUGGUGGAUAGCAUUUUUUUAGUAAAAAUUCUGUGAUCAAAAUUGUUCUCUUCUUUGAAAUUCAUUAUGUGUUAAAGGGCCAUUUUGAAUUGCCACCUAUUUAUGUGCCUUAACUUUUUUUGUUAAAUUUAUAUAAUUUCAGAAAAACAGUUUCCCAAAUUCUUGGAAAAUGCCGAGUAUUGACGGAUCGAGUGGUUCGAGUGGUCAGAAGCGCCAGGGUCAGGGACAGGGGCAAGGACCCCUUCGUCGCCUGAACCCCGAAUCUGUGGCCAUGGCUCGGCGCCUCAAGUAUCGGGUUCGGGGUGGCCGAAUACGGAUCUGUCGGCAGGCCUAAACAAUGGAAGAAAUCCAGUGCGAAUUUGGGUGCUCCAAUUCUAGGCCAUAGAGACACCCUUAACAUCGUAAAGAAUGCAAUUAAAAUCAAACC